AUGUCGGAAAGCGUAUCCAGUACUGUAAGCAGCAGUGUGUCAAGCACAGCUUCAAGUUCUAGCACUAGUACUGCAAGCUCCGGAACUUCGUUGCAAGAUGGUUGUGUCACUUGUGAUAACAAUGUAACGUGCCCGGAAUGUGAUGAUGAUGAGUACUGUGUCACAACAUCAUUAACGUGCACACAAUGCCCAAGAACCUAUUGUCAGAAGAAGGCAUCUUCAAGCAGUAGUAGUGCAUCAUCAUCAUCGUCUGCGGCUGCUAUUUCUAGCGGAGCGUCUUCUUCGUCGUCCUCUUCCAGCAAUAAGGUCGGACCUAUUGUUGGUGGUGUCGUCGGUGGUGUCGCAUUCGUAGUCAUAGUCGUGGUGUUGGGCUUCUUGUAUUACAGAUAUUAUAAAAGAAAACGGUCUGCAUUGCCCCAGGAUCCCGAAUAUAUGGAAAAAGGUACGAGUCUUGAUCCAAACGGAUCAUCACCGCUUCAUCCAGGCAUGCUUCGUGUUGGCUCUUCGUCAUCACGCGUCAGAGAAAGGAACAAGAGAAAUAGAAGUAGCGCUGCCACCGUUCAGACCAGUACCGCAUCAAAUAUCAUCCCUGUAGCAUAUAUCCCAGGUGUCACCACGAAUCUAACGAAGAAGAAUUUGAGGAAAGGCCAAGGAAGAGGUUCAAGAAGAUUUUACCAGGAUUCAGAUCGAAAGUCACAUAUUACAUUGGGGUCCAGUAUUCUUGGCGGUGAUGAAGAUGACGACGACGAGCUCCAACAGAACUUACAAGAUUUGAACGAGGAAGAAAGCGGUUCAUUUGCAGGGAAUAAUAAUAAUGGUGCGGGUGCCACGAAUAAUAUGACUACUGCAAUCCGAGCUAGACCGAAAUUGGUUCAAAUCGAUGAAACUGCUGAGGAAGAUGAAGAUGAAAAUGCGAAUCAUGGAGUAGAUCAAGAAGCUGAAGAAGACAUCGAAACAGAGGCUAACGAAACGGGCAAUACCGAUAAUCCAUCACAUUUCAGAGAGACGAAUGUUCAAGACAACUCAAUUGGUCAUGCAGGACACGGCAAUGAAUCUCAACAGCAACAGGAAGAAGAACAAGGACAAGGGCAACAAGGAGAUAUACGACACUAUAGAAAUAGUAUGGACUCCUCCAAUUCGGACUCACGUGAUCCGUUCCAUACCACCGUGCAUUCAUCAUCUGACUCAAACAGCGAGGGAUCAUUCAUCUUGGACGUGGAAAUGGCAAGUAAUCACCAUUAA